AUGGCUCCUCUAAUAUUGGGCUACUGGGACUUUCGAGGCCGGGCCCAGGCCAUACGAAAUCUACUGGCCUACGUGGGCGUUGAGUACGAAGACAAGAGGUACAGCCACGGCCAAGGAGCGGUGCCAUCUCGCGACGAGUGGUUGGCGGUGAAGUACAAGCUGGGCCUGGACUUCCCCAACCUGCCGUAUCUUAUCGACGGCGAGGUGCGCAUGUCACAAAGCUUGGCCAUUCUGCGUUACCUGGGCCGUAAGCAUGGCCUGGUACCCAAGGACGAGGAGGUCGAGCGACGGGUCGAUAUGCUCGAACUUCAGAUCAUGGACGUGGCGACGCAGAUAUCUACCCUCUGCUACGACCGGGACUACAACGACGACAAGCGGCGCAAGUUCCUGGAUGACGUGGCUGAAAUCCUUCGCCAGGUCGAGGUGUACUUGACCAAAUACGGGCCUUUCGCUGCGGGCCGCAGAGUCACUUACGUUGACUUCCUACUCUAUGAGGCCCUCGAGGUUAUCAGGAUGCUCGGCCCAAAAUCAUUCCCUACGAACUACGCUCUUCUGGUCAAAUACUGCGAGAUGGUCGCUGCCUUGCCCGGGCUCAAAGAAUACCUGGCCUCGGACCGAUUCAAGGCCUGGCCAAUAUGCGCCCCCUCUGGAAAUGCGUUGGGGGCGCGGCAAACGCCUCCCACUGAUGGCUGA